GGCGCAUCCGUUUACAUAGCAGCUUGGGGGUGUAACUGCUGUUUCCGGUCAUGUCGGGACGCGGUAAGCAGGGUGGCAAGGCUCGCGCCAAGGCCAAGACGCGGUCUUCCCGUGCUGGGCUGCAGUUCCCGGUGGGACGCGUGCACCGCCUGCUCCGCAAGGGCAACUAUGCCGAGCGCGUGGGCGCCGGCGCCCCUGUUUACCUGGCGGCCGUGCUGGAGUACCUGACGGCCGAGAUUCUGGAGCUGGCGGGCAACGCGGCGCGCGACAACAAGAAGACCCGCAUCAUCCCACGCCACCUGCAGCUGGCCAUCCGCAACGACGAGGAGCUCAACAAGCUGCUGGGCAAGGUCACCAUCGCUCAGGGCGGCGUGCUGCCCAACAUCCAGGCCGUGCUGCUGCCCAAGAAGACCGAGAGCCACCACAAGGCCAAAUAAGGAGUGAUGUUGGGAAUAAAAAGGCUCUUUUCAGAGCCACUUA